AGGUUAUUUCCACUCUAUCAGCUGAGGGGGAACAGGGUGAUUCCCAAACGACGCGCUUGUCUGAGUCAGGCUCUCAUUAGAUCCAGCGUGUCCGUGAGGCCGCGGAAAGUUGCCUGAAGUUCGCCGGGUAGAGAGAGAGAGAGAGAGGCAGGAGGGGAAGCGGAGGAGUGAGCGAGGAGGAGCUCCGGGACUUCCACCGCCGAUCUGCGGGCUCUGUGCGGGCUCUGAGGUCUGGGAUGGCGGCCGUGAAGGCUCUGCAGCAGUGGUGCAAGAUCCGGUGUGAGGGCUACCGGGAUGUGUCCAUCACCAACAUGACCACGUCCUUCAGGGACGGCCUGGCUUUCUGCGCCCUCAUCCACAAACACAGACCCGACCUCAUCAAUUUUGAUUCCCUGAAGAAGGAAGAUGUCUACGACAACAACAAGCUGGCCUUUAAAGUUGCAGAAGAACAACUGGGGAUUCCGGCUCUGCUGGACGCGGAAGACAUGGUGGCUCUCAGGGUCCCUGACCGCCUCAGUAUCUUGACGUAUGUCUCUCAGUACUACAACUACUUCCAUGGACGCUCCCCUAUUGGCGGCAUGGCGGGUAUAAAGCGUCCGGCCGAGGGCGCCAACGACGAACCUUCAGGGAAGAAGAACCAGCCGGUUGCUGCCAAGGUGUUUCCAGGAUCUAAACCCAGCAGGGAGAACAGUCCUCCCCGCCCUGCCAAUGUUACGAAGCCGUCUCCGUCACCUAAACAGAUCAGAAAUUCAACGCAGGAGCAUCAUGUUGAGAAAUCUCAAGCAGGAACUUUAAGCAACAAAUGUGUGUCGUGUAACAACCACGUUCACCUGGUGCAGCGACACCUAGUGGAGGGAAAGCUCUAUCACAGGAACUGCGCAAGGUCUCUUUCGACGAACACGAGCUCCCCGUUUCGCGAUCUUCCCACAAACACCCACAUUUCCAAAUUCAGUCCCCAAGCUGAACCCAGUAAACCCGCCACAGUGGCUCCGGCUAAAACACCGUCCAGACUGGGGCCGACGUGGGUGACGGAGAAGCCCGGCUCUCCUCCGAACGGCUCCAGUUCGCUUUCUGCUUCACCUUUCUCAGCUCCUGCUUCGGAGACCCCGAAGGUUCCCGUGUCCAAAGCGCCUGCCUUUACAACGGGCGUCAGCACCAACCCCACGGCCGCUCCCCGGACCUCCGUCACCGCGGCCAAAACCUGGGAGUCAAAAAUGAAGUUUUUACAAUCUGAUGACAGCAGCGCCAACCACGAGGAGAAAAAGACGUCAGUCUUUAGUACAACUGUGAAUAAAGGUCAGACCGCGAACAGCAAGGGACAGGACGUGUUGCCGGGUCAGACUGUAACCGUGGUUGUCAAUGUUAAAGAUGUGGAUAAAGGGGGCGCAGCUAAAACAACUGCUGCGGGUAGCAAGGCGAGUACAAAUGCUAAAGAGUAUGACGAUAAGACGAGAGCAUCAGCAGCAGCUUUCAUCUCCAAGAAACUUCCUGAGGAGAACAACAACAACAACAAGCCAUCGUGGACAAACGUAGCGCUCCGAAAAACUGACAAACCUCUAGAGGAGACCCCAAAGAAGACUGAAACGGGGGGCGUCCGGGGGAAGGUGAAGCUGAAAGCAGACCCGUCUCUCCUGGCGGACCUGCAGACUCCAGAGCCUGAAAAGUCGGCUACCAGUGCGGCGGGUCGGAGCGGAGGAGCAGACAAGACUCCAGACAGGGGAGGCCUAAAACCCCCCCAAACCUCCCACAACACAUCAGCGUCAGAAAAUGAGUCUCCUGGAGCCUGGAGGUCAAAGCUCAAACCUAUCUCCAAAGAAGCAAAACCUGCAGGUCUUCCUCAGUCUUCGCCUAAACCGUACAGUAAUGGAGCGACGAGGACUUCAGAGCCUGGUGGGCCUUCGGCGGUCAGCACCGUUGUUUCUGUGUCAAAGGAAUCUCAGAACGGGCCGAAAGAGCAAAUUCCCAACGCCGCCAAGUCCGAGUCAAAGAAUUCUAAGACGAAGCCCGGCUACAUCCCCAAAGAGGACAUCGCCCGGGAGCUGAAGGAGAUUGAAGAAAACCUAAACGAACUGGAGAGGAGAGGAGUGGAGCUGGAGUUGAGGCUGCGCAAGAGUGAGGAAGAGGGCGGCGACGACGACGAAGACGAGCUCAUGGUGGAGUGGUUCACCUUGAUCAGAAACAAGCAGGUGGCCAUGCGUCGGGAGUCGGAGCUCGUGUAUAUAGGACGAACUCAGGAUCUGGAAGAAGAGCAGCCCAGUGUGGAGCAGGAGCUCAGGAGGCUGAUGGAGAAACCAGAACAUUUAAAAACGUUCCGGGACAGACAGAGGGAAAAGCAGCUCAUGGACAAACUCCUAGAGAUUGUCAACGAUAGAAACGCUAUCGUAGAAGGUCUGGAUGAGGACAGGCUCAGGGAGGAAGAGGAGGAUGAGGAGCUAAACAAGAUGAUGAUGAAUUUCAACAUAAAGAAGGACAAAACCAAGAGAAAGUCUCAGAAAUUCAAACUGUUCAGCUGGGGAGGCAAGAAGGACGAAUGACGCUCCUGGAAACCGACACCACCUUGUUUUCACAAGCUGCUUCCUCUGAUCACUGUCAAUUCCUGGGAUGACAUCGAUUCUGUGUGUGUAGGGGUGUGCAUGCGUGGGUGUGUGUAGGAGAGAGAGAGAGAGAAAGAUCCACCAUUCUCUGCCUUGUGAUGAGAUUUACUUCAGUACUCCAGUUGUUUAGUUCUAAUCUUGUUCUUGUCUUCAUCUGUUGACUUUAUGCCCCAACAUUCUCAGUAUCUGACUCGUAUUUCCUUACUUGCAUAAUGUAUUCAAUACUGUAUGUAUUCUGUAACGCAUAAUGGGUAAAAAAACAACAAAAACAAACAAGAUUUAAUUCUGAGUUAUUUUGCCCAGACUCUACAAAAAGAUUGUCAUCAGAAAAAAUUAUGACCAGGAAUUUCUGUGCUUUAUCUUUAGGAACCCGCCACAGUUAUUGGCACCCUGGUGAAAAUGUUUACGAACAACUUAUGCUAGCAUGUUCACAUCAAGACACGCCUUGUUGCAGUUCCCUUAGCACUAGCGCUGGAGAUUGAGCAUGAAUUUUGAGAUUUCUCAUUUGUCUGAUGUGCGAGUUUUGGUUAGCUGCUGUUUUCUUUUGGCCGUUUCCUGCAUUUCCUAAAUCGCAAGUUCACUUAUCUUUCCCAUUUUGGAGAGUGGCAAUUAGAAAUUGGGGGUCGCAUUUAUACUCAACUUAAUGUUUGCUGCACAAUCUGUUCACUUUAACCAAAGUGUGCUUCAGUUAAAUUAGUUUUUUUUAAGUGCUGAAUAUUGUGGCAAAUUUGGUGCAGAUUGAAUAAAUGUUCUCAAAUGAGUUGUUUUAGUUUUAAGGUGGAUUUUUUUUUUUACCUUGUGUGCCAGUAAUUUUGCUGAGUUCUGUGUAUCUUUCGGUUUCAGGAUAAAGACAUACAUUUUGUUCUUCCACUGGUUCAGUUAAAACCCAAUCAAGUUCAGACUUUUCUGAGGAUUGAGUCUUUUGUCACGUUUCAGUUUGGUUGUUGCUGAUGUACAAGUCUAAAGUAGAUGACAGGAUGUGCAGCGCGGUCUGCCGAAUGGGAAUGUUUAGUUUUGCUGGAUAGUGCUUGAAUGAGGUUCAUUUUGUGGCAAAAGACUGCUUGUGGUUUAGUUCAGCUAGCUGUUAGCUCUGAAACAGCUAGCUGAUGUUAGCUAAUAUCUAACAGGAAGUUGGCUAACAGCAUGCAGAUGUUGGCUAAUAACAGCCGAAUCUGCCGUUAGCUAGUGCUCACAGAGGCACUAGCUAACGGCAGAUGUUAGCUGUUAGCAGCUGGUAGCUAACACGUAACGUGCUACAUCUGCUGUUAGCAGAUGUUACGUGUUACCAAACAGCAAACAUCUGCUGCUAGCUAACAUCUAACAGCCUGUUAGAUCUGCUCUUAGCAUAUGUUAGCCUUCAAAGGGAAGCCACUAAGAGAGCUAGCUCCUGCGUUAUAAGUUAUUGACUUUCCGUAGUUUCUACUUUGUUGAAAUUAUAAUAGUAUGUAAAGGCUGGUCAUGUGGAAAAUCAUCCGGUUUGUUGUUAAAUUCCUCUAUAAGUGAAAUAUUUAUAAUCGUUUUGGAAUGAUAGCCAUCCAAAUAACAGUAUAAUCUAAAGAUUUUUAUGCCGUGUAAAAAGAAAACAAAUAAUAAUUCAGUCUAUCUGCUACAUUAUUGCUGCUGCAUUAAGAAAAUGACUGGUUUGUCUCAUGUGACCUUCAUGUGUAAUUACAUGUAAUUCAUUAAUGAGUCAGGAGAGCACCAGAUGCGGUUCACAUUGGACCUCCAUAUGUGUAUGUUUGUAAUAUUUUUAUUCUGUAUUAAAUGUAUAUGGCCAUAAA